AUAGUACAUUACGAUACAAGUGCGAAAAAUAGGAAAUUCGAAACGAGUGGCGAUAAAUUAAAACACGACCGAAGGGAGUGUUUUAAAUCGACACGAGUUGCGAAUUACCUAUUCGCACAUGUAUCGUACAACGUUUUACAGUACAUAUGGCCCUUUAAAUGUUCGACACAGUAACGUAAUAUGCUACUUCUCGCACUAGUGCUAUAAAGUAGCCCCAUAUGUACUGUAAAGGUAUAUUUUAGUUUUAUCACAUGAUAAACACAUACUCAGUGAUGAGUACAUACUCAGUGAUACAAUUCAGUGAUCAAGACGGCGGAUCAAUAUCCAUUGUAAAGAAUCAGUGGAUUACGCCAAGGCGUCGGGAGGUAUUUUGGCCACCCGUCAAGGGAUCUAAAGCUUUUGAAAAGGUGUUGGCGGAUACCAAAACACCGGAUGAGAAAUGGAAACGAUACUUCAUCCAAAGAGUUUUUUGUGAGACUGACGAUAUAGAUAAAGCCAAAAGAAAACUGAAACUGGUCAAGGAGACAUCAGACUUACAGACUGAAGCAGAAGAAGAACCAAAUUUUAAGCGGAAAAGAAAUAACAGAUAUAUUUCCACAAGCGAUGAAGAUGACGGUCACAUAACGCCACCACCAAUUAAGAAAAAAAUCUUGAAAAACACAGCUGCUGCUGCUUACUAUAGAGAUACCCGUCAGGCUCAGCCAAACAUUACCCGAGAUUCCCGGGAAGCUCCUUCAACACCAGAAAAAACCCUCUCAUUGCUGAAUGUAGUUGACGGGCUUCCUGUCUUGACAAACAGUGUCCUGCAAGAUUUAACAGAAGACGGCGAGGGGCGGCUAACUCCGGUUUCACGCAUACGUAGUCCUUGGUCGCGAAAAGAACAACCACCGAAUCUCGGCAGCGACGUGCCAGCAACGCCAUCGUGCGGUCAAGGAUUAAAAGGUUUGCAAGAUACCGUGGUGUCACUAGUGUCACUACUGACCCACAUAAAAGCCCAGAAUGAUAUAAUCAUCUCGAUUUUGCGAGAAAAACAUACAAGAUUGGAUUUAAAACCAGAGUUCAAAUUUCCAUCAAAACUUCGGAGGAGUUGGAAAUUAUGGAAAAAUUAUUAACGUCACAAGAAAACCAUGCUAACGUGGUAGCCUACUUCAAGAGCCUUGGUGGACAGGGCGUUAAUAAUAAAGUAUCUAGAGUUAUGAAAGUUGCAUUGUCUGACUCUAUGGCAAGCAAGUACAACUUUUACGGUAAAAGAUCAGACAAGAAGCUAUUUGCAGAACUACGUCUCCGGGCGUGUGCAAAACCGCCGUGAUGUAGAAGGAACCCACCAUCAAUUACAAUGUCACUACCAGCAAGCUUGUUGUGGAUCAGACUCUGGUGAAAACAAAAUCGGAUUUUAGAAGAAAUUCAAAGUGGCGGCCGUGUUUACAAUCUUUGACUACGAAUUCAUAUAAGGGUAUCUUUCGGAUCCUCAGAUGUAAUUUGUUAUCGUGACUAGAUCAAAUUUUCCGUCGGACGUACCGUUUUUGAACUACAAGAAAAAAACUUAAAAAUAGCAAAAAAAGUUCCACAACUUCUGGAAUGGAGCAAACUCGGAUUACACAAAUUUAGGAUCAAAUAAAGGUAUUAAGACGAUUUGACUGGCCUCUUAAAAUACUUAAAAGUACCUUGUUAAUAUGUAGUUUAUAUGUUAUUAUUAAACUACUAGUUCCUUGAUGUACA